AUGGCGCUAAAACCAUUCAACCUCCUUGCCUCAACCGCUCACGACAUUCAACAACUGUUCGACCGUUCCGAACUCAAUGCGGAGUCGCUGGUAAAGCAAGUCUUGGAUCAGGUCAACAGGCACAAUAAAAAUGGACUCAAUCUAGGUGCCUUGAUCUCUGUCGCUCCAAGACAGCAGCUCCUAGAGCGAGCGCGAUUUCUCGACGAAGAACGUGCCGCCGGAAAGGCUCGAAGCCCGCUCCAUAGUAUUCCAUUCAUCGUGAAGGAUGCAAUCGCGACCGAUCCUCAGUUAGGCAUGGAGACAACGGCUGGGAGUUGGGCUCUUGUCGGCUCUCGGCCGCCUAGGAACGCCCCUACAGUACAGAAGCUUCUUGAUGCUGGUGGCAUCCUCAUUGGCAAGGCUAGCUUGACAGUACGAUCUGCCGUCGGUGUCUCUGCUGGGUUUGGCAUCGUGUCUCUCGGUGUCGAAACAGACGGAUCUAUUGUAUCUCCAGCCUCCCGUGCCGCGCUCUAUGCUAUGAAACCGACCAUUGGAACCGUUUCCAUGGAUGGAGUAAUUCCAGUGACAAAGAGCUUAGACUCUGUCGGUGCUAUGGCUAGGUCCCCAGCUGACCUCGCCGUGGUCAUCGAGAUGUUGCAAGCCACAGGACCGAAUCACGACGAAAGACUGUCGCAGUUCAUGACACAAAAAUGGGACGGGCUAAGAAUUGGAUUUGUAGAUGAGAAGAUUUGGAAGUUACCAGAAGGUCUUUGCAAAGAUAACGAUGAGGCGCUCUUUCAGAUGAGAAAAGAAUACCACUCAGUAAUGAAGAUUCUAUCUAAUGCCGGCGUCCACAUCGAGUACCCGACAUCAUGUGUAGGUUGCUUAGCAAACCCCGAGAUGCCCUAUUUGCCAACUCUAACAAAGUUUGGAGCCUACGAGUUUCAGCAAGCCUUCAAUUGCUAUCUUGAAACUCUAGAUUCAUCUCAAGUCAGCAACCUAAAGGAACUUGUCGACUGGAAUCGCCAGCACGCCGACAGAGAACUCCCCAAAGAACAUCCAUCACAGUCAAGCCUCGAGAACGCGUUACAAUGUAAUAUCUCUCCCGCCGAAAAUGCCGAGACUCUGGCCUUUCUUCGCAAGCUUGCCGGACCCGACGGAAUCGAUCAAAUCCUCAACUUGUUUAAGCUUGAUGCCGUCGCGUCAUUAGCUGACAGUCCUUUAUCGAGCGUUGCUUCUGCCGCCGGCUAUCCCAUCGCCACAAUGCCUUUGGGUGUUUUGGACCUAAAUGGGCGACCAUUCGGUGUUAGCAUGACUGCUAGCAAGCAUCAAGAGAAAAAGUUGUUCCAGAUAAUGAGUGCUUGGGAGACUCUCGGAACUCGGCAGCCACCGCCUGCUUUAAUGAAGGAAAUAAAUCACGCACAACUGUAA